CAAGAGACUUCUCUCUUCUUCGAGAGUCCUGUCACAACACAGGAAGAGCCAAAGGUGUCUGUGCUGCUUUCAUUUUUAUACCGAGUACAUAAUAAGGGGUGGCUGAACAAAACACCAGUAAAUAAAGUGAAUGAGCCGAGAGGGAAUCUUGAGCGCAUAAGGUGGUCAUGUCAUCCGGUUGCCCACCACAGUCUCCAGCCGUGGCUAAAACAGAGGUAGUGGUGGAAGGAUGGUGCCCCCUGUUGGCAGCAACCUUUGCCUACUGGGACAACAUCCUGGGACCCCGUGUAUGGCACAUCUGGGCCCCCAAAGGCCAGGGGUCGAUGUUACUCAGCGACGGCGAGGUGACUUUCCUGGCGAAUCACACGCUGAACGGUGAGAUCCUGCGCAGCGCAGAGAGCGGCGCGGUGGACGUCAAGUUCUUCGUCCUGGCCGAGAAAGGCGUGAUCAUCGUGUCCCUGAUUUUCGACGGCGAGCUGAACGGCGACAAGAACACGUGCGCGCUGUCUAUCAUUCUGCCCCAAUCGGAACUGGAUUUCUACCUUCCUCUGCACAGUGUUUGCGUGGAAAGGCUCAAACACACUGUUCGCAAGGGACGCAUCUAUAUGCAGAAGGGUUACGGCAUUAUCGCUUUGUUAACCUCAGAGAUCGUUCCCAUCAUGGAGCUCCUCUCGUCUAUGAAGACUCAUAGCGUACCAGAGGAAGUGGAUAUCAAAGACACAUUAUUGAAUGACGAUGACAUCGGUGACAGUUGUCAUGAGGACUUUCUGCACAAAGCUAUCAGUUCUCAUCUACAGACUUGUGGCUGCUCCGUUGUUGUUGGCAGUAACCCAGACAAAGUCAAUAAGAUUGUGCUGACGCUAUGUCUGUUUCUCACCCCCUCCGAGAGGAAGUGCUCGCGACUGUGCCGAGCUGACGGCACUUUCAAAUACGACACCGGCCUGUUCGUUCAGGGCCUGCUCAAGGAUUCCACAGGGAGCGUUGUAUUGCCAUACCGACACGUCCUCUCUUCCCCCUAUCCAUCUACUCACAUCGACGUGGACAUUAACACAGUGAAGCAGAUGCCGCCGUGCCACGAACACACGUACCAUCAGCGGCGCUACAUGCGGGCCGAGCUCAGUGCUCUAUGGAAGACCACCAGCGAGGACGAAUUCAGCCCUGACCACCUUAUCAACAUACAAGAGUCAUUUACUCCUGACCUGAAUAUAUUUCAGGACGUCAUGCACAAAGAUAAACUGGUCAAGUCUUUCAUUGAUGAGGUUUUCCUCUUGAAACCAGGGCUAAACCUGCGGAGUGUAUACUUGUCCCAUUUUCUCCUACUGCUGCACAGGAAGGCUCUGACAUUGCUCAGAUAUAUCGAGGACGAAACUCAGAAGGGGAAGAAGCCAUUCCGGUCGCUGCGUAAUCUAAAAACCGACCUGGACUUGGCUAUUGAAGGAGAUCUGAACAUCAUUAUGGCAAUGGCAGAGAAGCUGAGGCCAGGCCUUCAUUCAUUUGUAUUUGGGAAGCCUUUUUUCACCAGUGUGCAGGAGCGUGAUAUUCUAAUGAAUUUUUGACUUUUUCGCAUUGAAACUCUCGUUAAUCCUCAAGAUGGAUGAUAUUUAUUCAUGUUCUAAAAGUAUGUUUGUGUAUAGUAUGUAUGUAUAAAUGCACUAAAUAACCCUGGAGUUUGUUUGAACCUUUCUAUAACAACAGUGUAUAAUGAGUAAUUGUAUUGGUGUAUGUGUGUUGUGUACUUUGUUUGGUCUUUAAAUAAUGAGAAACUGCCCAUACAAGUGCUAUGCAGGACAGGGCUCUCAUUGUGUUCAUCAUGAAUUUUUUUUUUCUUCACUAUAAGGAUUGUGAUGCUGCUACCAAGUGCUGCUGAUGGCAUAGCCUUACUCUGAUGUUUCUUUUGCAGGCAGUAACGGCUCACUGUGAAUAAAUCAAGUUUUGUUUGCAAUAAUGGUCUAGUGUUUUCAUGAAGACAUGAUAAGUGAGAGUGGAAAAGCAAUGGCAAAUUAUUAUUUAGUCCUGUACAGUUUGUAAAUGAAAUAAUUCUAAGAAAAAAAAGAAUCAGAAGGUGGUGAUAUGGUGUGUGUGUGUGUGUCUGUGUGUCUGUGUGGGGAGGGGGUUUCUACAUAUUUUGGAAAGGCAACCUGUAUAAAGGAUUGUUCUUUUUUUUUUUUUAAUGGAAAUAAAGAUAAUGCUUAAAUGGU